AUGGAACCAAGUUUACCAGCAGCUGCAGGUUAUGCAGUUAUAAUUGGGGGAGGGGCAUUCUUUGCCAUAGUAAUGAAUUAUGUUACUUACCUUCAAAACAAAUACAGUAAAUAUGAUGCAAGAAAAGUUGAUGAAUUCGUCUCUGGUAGUAGAUCUAUUAGUUUCGGUUUAAUGUUGAGUGGUAUUUUAUCCAACUGGACUUGGAGUUUAACUAUUUUAGAAUCAGCCGUAAAGAGUUAUACAAUUGGUAUUAGUGGAAGUUAUUGGUAUGCCAUCGGUGGUCUUUUACAAGUGUCUGUAUUUUCUAUUAUUUCAAGUAAGAUCAAGAAGAAUGCUAAUUUGGUGACAACUUUUCCUGAAAUGGCUUAUUUCAGAUUUGGUAGGGCUGGACAUUUAAGUUUCUUAUUCUGUGGUUUCACUUGUAAUUCCAUUGUCAGUGCCUGUAUUUUAUUAGGUGGUUCGUCUGUAUUUUCAGCUAUUACUGGUAUUAGUCAAUAUGCAGCUCUUUUCUUGAUCCCAUUUGGUGUUGCCAUUUAUGUCUCUGGUGGUGGAUUAAGAGCAACUUUCAUUUCUGAUGCAACUCAUACAACUAUCAUUCUUAUUUUCCUUAUUGUCUUUGCUUUUGAAGUUUAUGUAUCUAAUGAAAAGCUUGGAUCCGUUGAUAAAAUGUGGGAAUUAUUACAAACUGUUCCAGCCCCAGUUGCAGGUAAUUAUCAAGGAUCAUACUUAACUUUCAAUUCUUCCCAAGGUGGGAUUUUUGCAAUUAUUAGUAUUAUUACUGGGUUUGGCUUAGUUGUGAAUGAUCAAGCUUAUUUAUCGAGAGCUGUCGCUGCUGAUCCUAGAUAUACUUCUAGGGCAUAUUUCUUUGCCCUGAUCUGUUGGUUUGUUAUUCCUCUCUCAAUGGGGUUGACCUUAGGUUUAGCAGCACAAGCUCUUUCUGGUAAUCCAGAUUUCCCUACUUUAAGUGAAUUUGAGAUUGGAGAAGGUCUCCCUGCUGUUGCAGCUGUAGUUUACUUAUUGGGUAAGACUGGUUCAGCUAUGAUGUUGGUGACAAUUUUCUUUUCCGUUACUUCUUCAUUUGCCGGUGAAUUAAUUGCUACAUCUACAUUGAUUUCUUAUGAUGUAUUUAAAAGAUACAUUAAACCAACUGCAACUCCAAAGGAAGUUGUUAGGGUAGCUAAGAUCUCAGUAUUCGUAUGGGCUUUGUUCUCUGCAGUUUUAGCUUCGAUCUUUUAUGGUGCUGCCAAGAUUAAUAUGGGAUGGUUAUUUAACUUUUUAGGUUGUGCAACUGCUUCAGCCGUGUUCCCAAUUUUCCUUUCAUUUACUUGGAAAGAUCUAAACAAAGUUGGAGCUGUGGGUGGUUCAAUUGGUGGUAUGGUUUUGGCUAUCAUCGUCUGGUUGGUCACUUGUAAAGCAUAUCUUGGUGAACUUAGUGUUGAUAACUUAUCUAACACUUGGGUUUCAUUUGCUGGAAAUAUUACUGCUCUCUUUUCAGGAGCUAUUAUUUCCAUUGUUGCUUCUUUGAUUAAACCAGCAAACUUUAAUUUUGAUGAAACAAGAAAUAGAACAAGUUUAGUUGAAAAUCUUGGUGGAACAGUUGAAGUUGCAAAUUCUCCAGAAUUCAAAGAAGCUGGAUUUAGCAAAGGUGAAUUAGAUGUUGAAGUUGAAGAAGAAAAAUCUUCACAAGAAGGUACUGAUACUGAAUCGAAACAAGACUCUGAUCUUGAUAUAAACCUUAAUGCCACAAUUGAUCAUAAACACUUGGAUCAUCAAUUUAAAAAAUAUAUUAUUUUGGUUGCAAUCCUUGCAUUUAUCAUGACUUUGGUAAUUCCAGUUCCUCUUGGUAAUGUAAAUUAUGUUUUUUCGAAGGGCUUUCUUAAAGCUUGGGUUGUUAUAGAUAUUAUUUGGCUCUUUUUUAGUUUUGGUUAUGUUGUUUUACUUCCAAUAUUUGAAGCAAGACAUACUAUUUGGGAUAUUGGUAAGAAAGUAGUCGGAAGGGCUUAA